AUGUCAGACGGCAGCUGCCAACAGGAACAGGAUGGUCUGGAAGUAGGAAAUGAGAAGAACAUCACCCCAACGACGCCUCCGCCGAAGCCAAUCCCCUCCAAAGACCCGAAGCUAGCAUCGCAAGCUCGAACUCCUCCACCUCUCCAUGUCGUGCCGACAACCUCCUCUCAGGACCUCUUCAAGCUGUCCCCUCUGGCUGCCAUGAAGCUGCUAAGUGGCGGCGUCGAAGCUCUCGUCCGCAUGACGGGCGACAUCCCACCCACGCCGCCUCCCACGAGCCCUACCAUUCCUCAUAUGCGCGGUAUGCAAAGAGAGAAGGCUGCUAUUGUGCGGUCGCAUUCGCAGAGAAACCUAUCGCGCCUGCGAGAACAACAGGCUGCCGCCCCUCCCCAUCAACAGCAACAGCAGGGCUUCUUCGACACGCCGCCAGCGACAUGCCAGCCCAUCGACGGUGUCCAUCUUCGACAGACUCCCACGCCGCCGCCGCCGUCCACGGCUCCCGAGCCGUACAUCGUCAUUGGUGCAAAUUCGCAACCCCUCAACCUCCAACAUAGUGCCAUCACGCGGAAGUUCUUUAGUAAAGCUCCUCCGCCCAUCAGCAUCGAGGACUACCUGCUGCGGAUCCACCGAUUCUGCCCCAUGUCGACGGCCGUCUACCUCGCCACGUCGUUUUACAUAUUCCGGCUCGCCGUCGAGGAGCGUGCAAUACCGGUGACGAGAAGGAAUUGCCACCGGCUGCUUCUGGCUGGCCUUCGGGUGGCGAUGAAGGCGCUGGAAGAUCUUAGCUACCCUCACGCCAAGAUUGCGCAGGUGGGCGGUGUCAGCGAAGUCGAGUUGGCCAGACUCGAAAUCAGCUUCUGCUUCCUAGCUGGCUUUGAGCUGGUGGUGAGGGAGGAGACGCUCAUGAAGCAUUGGGAGACACUGAAGCAGGACCAGGGGCCGGGCGGAGUUGGAGUUGGAGGAACGGUACCGAUUUUGAAGCUGGACGCACGACGGAAGAGGGCCUUGAGCCAGGCGGUGGGCUGA